GCGUCAAACGGCCACGAAGGACCCCAGCCGCCCUCGGCUGUCCGUAGAGGCGACGGUGAGUGGCCCGGGUAGGGCGCGAGCGGCAUCCGUUAGCUGGAGAGUCUCUCCCGUAGCUGGCCAGGCGUCGACAAGGGACAGCGUGUGGAGGUUUCUGCUUCCCUUCCCUGCUGAUAUAUCGUCCAUGGCGCAGAUUGUUCGGAUCGGGAAGAGGACGGGAAGGAUGGCGGCCCUCGGAGCCCAGUGCGUUUGGUAGCGGCUCCUUCCGCGGUCUGUCUGUCUCUCGGUCUCCGAUCGCAUUCAACACCCUCCCGAGGGUGCGGAAGUACCUGUGAUUACUCAACAACUGCUCCUCUCUUUCAAGACGGGGGUUGGGGUGGAAGAAUUCUAUCAUCUCCUCUAUUCCCAUCUCAAAAAAUGGAUAGUAAAUCGUUUGCAAUCGUCCUGGAUGAAAUACGAAAGGGGGUUCUGACUGAUCAUAAAUUAAAGGCAAUUGAAUAUGUACAUGGAUAUUUUUCAAGUGAACAGGUGGUUGAAUUACUGAAGUAUUUUUCUUGGGCAGAACCUCAACUAAAAGCUCUUAAAGCUUUACAGCAUAAAAUGGUUGCCAUCCAUGUGUCUAAAGUAAUAAAUAUUCUUCAUUGCCUCACUUUCACUAAAGAUAAGCUUGUCGCCUUAGAUCUAAUAGCCUUAAAUAUCAUUGAUCCUCACAAUUAUCGUCUAAUUGAAGAUAUUUUCCGGGUGCACCUUCCAGAAAAGAAACGCUGCAAAAGAAUUCUUGAUCAGGCUUCUAAAGCUGGCUGUAAGGCUCCUCUUGCAAUAAGAUCUUCAUGUGGAAUGAUUCCAGGAAAUCCCUAUCCUAAAGGGAAACCCAGUGCGUUGAAUGGAUUGUUAGCAGCACUUUCCGUAAAGAAAGAAAAUGAAGAUGUUUAUAAUAGUGGCCGAGGGAUAGCGACCUGUAUUCUAGGACCUUCUAAGCCAGCUCCAGCAACAUACAAUCCUCAUAAGCCUGUUCCUUACCCUAUACCUCCUUGCCAACCACAUGCAACUAUUGCACCAAGUGCAUACAAUACAGCUGGCCUUGUCCCAAUGGGCAGUUUCAUAGCUCCAGUUGUAGCACCCGCCGCCUAUGCUCCUCAACAAGCUUUUUCCAGACCAGCCAAUCAACUAAACUAUAAGUCCUCUGCUGCCAACUUGCAUGCAACUGUGUUCUCACCACUUGGUUCCUACCCAUCUGCUCCUGCAACACCUGUUGCAACACCUACAUUUGUCCAGUCACCUGCAAAUCAGUUAGUUUUUGCUUCAGCACCAGUAACACCAGCCUUUUCAAGGCUUGGUACAUCCACCUCGAUACCUUCAGUUUUUGCAGGUGUUCCUCAAUCCAGUGGCUCUUCUGCCCCACCUCCAUAUCCUGAAUGCCAGGAUGCUACAACUGUAAUAUCAGCAGUACCACCAAUGUCUCAGGCUCAUGGUGAAGUAAGAUCAGGGAGUGCUGGCACACCACCUCAUAGUUCAACUACCACAGAGUUAACCUCCAGCUACACCAGCACAAACUGUAGUCCUGGUGUGAUACCGCAAACUGGGUCAUCCUCAGGUUUUCAGACAACUGAAAAUUCCAAUACAUCUCCACCGAUGAGCAACUCAUUCCCAAAUCUUCUAUCCUUCCCAGGAAUGUCUAUAUUUUUCCAGAAUCAGACUUUAUCUCCUGCAUCCCUGUCUGCACUCCAAGCUGGAAUGACUGUUGCAAAUUUAUCUGGUCUUCAUUCAAUUGCAACUGCGGCAACAUUGUCGGGAAUGCAUUCCUCUGGGAAUACUACAUCCCUGUCUCCAGUCCAGAAUGGUGUGAUGGCAGCUACAAUGCCUGGACUUCAGUCUGCCGUUUCUGUUGCUGGACUCCAGUCUAGUUCGGAUGUUACCUCUCUUCAUGGGUUCCAAACCACUGUAUCGCUAGGUGGACACCAAUCUAAUGGAAAUACAGCGUCUCUUGCUGGACUGCAGCCUACAGUAUCUCUUGCAGGGUUGCAGUCUGCUGCAGCAUCUCCAAUUGGAAUGCGAUCUGCUGCAGCAUCUCCAGCUGCACUGCGAUCUACUGCUGCAUCGCCAGCUGCACUGCAAGCUGCUGCCUCUCUCGCUGGCCUGCAUGCUGUUGCCACCUCUCUUGCUGGACUGCAAUCUGCUGCCUCCCAUACUGGACUCCAUCCUGCUCCUACAUCUGAUUCUGAGCUUCAGUCAGUUCCUGCCUCCCCCUCUGAACUCCAGCAUUCAGUUUCCUCUCUCCCUGGGCUUCAGCCUGCUGCUGUCACUCUCCCCAGGUUGCAGUCAUCUUCAUCUUUCUCUGGACUUGAUUCUAUUGUGGUUGCUGCCUCAUUACCUGGAUUGCAACCUACUACAACUGCUAUCACCCUUCCCAGUCUCCAAGCUGCUGUGGCUGCCUCAUCUCUGCCUGGCCUUGAGUCGGCAAUGGCUGCUGCUUCUCUUCCUGUUUUGCAGUCUGCUUUGGGUGCUGCUUCUUUACCUGGACUUCAGCCUCUCGGUGCUGGAUCUUUACCAGGAAUUCAGUCUGUAGUAGGUUCCCCUGCGCUUUCUGUUAUCCAGUCCACCAUGGGUGCUACUUCAUUUUCUGAUCUCCAGUCCACUGUAGGCACCACUUCUAUCCCUAAUGUACAGUCUGGUAUGAGCAUGGUGUCACCUACAGGCCUACAGUCUAGUGUGGAUACUGUGCCUCUGCCAGGAUUCCAGACAACUAUGGGUGCUGCAACUCUUCCUGGAUUGCAAUCUGCUGCACCCUCUGCUUUACUGCAGUCACACUCAGCUGCAACUCUGGAGAACUUUCCAACUCAGGGCAACAGUGAUUUUGGAUGCUACCCAUCAGGACCAGGAACUCAAUUUUCCCUCCCACCUGGUUUAUCUUCUCAAUUAGGGUGGCAGUAGAUAAUGGACCUGCUUUCAAAUACCCGCUAAUGUUCAAAUGUAAAGCUGAUGUUUGCUGAAUUUAUCCAUCUCUUUGAUUAGGCAUACAGUAUAUUUAGCAGUUUAUGUCGGUGAAUCUUGAUGGGUUUUUUUUUCUAGUAGAAUAUAACUGAACAUAAUUUUUUAAAAAGGGGCAAGGAAUGAAAUAGAAACAAUGUCUUAAGUUUGAGUUGCUUCUUAUUAGUUGCAGUAUCUGUAAGCUGUUGAGACUUGCUAAUAUUUUUCAUUCAAGUACAUGGAACAUGGGAGAAACAUUACAAAGGAACAGUUGUGUAGUGAUAAAGUUACUGAACUAGCAAUCCAGAGACUGGACUAAUGAAUUGGAGACACGAGUUGAAAUCCCAGAAGAUGGGGAAUUUAAAUUUUGGUAGCUGAGUCAAUGUGGGAUUUACAAAAAAACGUGCCUGUAGUAGUGACCAUAUUACCACUGGAUUAUUGGUAAAUUUCCAUCUAAUUGUCCUUUUAGGGAAGGAAAUCAGCUGCCUUACUUGGUCAGGAUUGUGUGUGACUUUAGACGCUCAGAAAUAUGAAUGAUUCUUAACUCUCCUCUGAAAUGGCAAAGCAAGCUACUCAGUUGUCAAGGAGGUCAGUUUUCUGCAAACAGUUCAUUAUUUGUUUGAACAUUUUAUGAUUAAAGCUAGCUGUCUUAUGCUGCUAUUUUGUGGCAAACACAAGCAGUAUUUUUCACUAAACCCCCCCCCCACAAUGUUACCGUCAAGCCAAAAAGAUGCUCUGUGGACUACACACAUGAACAUUGUGGUUUUUGAGUCAUUACCAUUGUCAUGACAAAUAUGUAGGCAGGUAGUCUGGCCCAACAACUGCCAGACCACACAAAAGAACCUGUCCCUUUGACCAUCAGCAGGCAGAAUCUGAUCACGCUCGUAAAUCUCUGUUACAUGGUAUUCAACAUUAGAUUUGAUUUGAUAAAUUAUUCUGACCACUAAGAAUUACAUUGGAAACCAAUUUAAAGUUAUCCGUCUGGCUCACAGUAAUUCAAUUUCACGUGCUAGAAGCUACAUUUAUUCAUGCACAGGGUUCUGUUCUUUGAAGGAAAAAUAUGUUCCGGGAAUUUUUUUUUUAAACUGAGUAAAGGCUUAUAGAAACAGCUAAUUCCCUUUGCAUUCCCAUGGCAGUGCUCUGACCGAACAGUUGAUGUAUCUGGUUUAAAUCUGAUCACUCUAAAGCAGCAGUACAUCAAAAAUGGGAAUGCUUUGAAGCUUGAAAAAUAAGAAUGUGUCAGUGUAUAUCUUUUUGGAAAUUGGUCAUUGUUCCAGUGAUUAAAUAGUUUAGUUUUGAGUAUUGUGGAGGCAGUUACCAAUCCAGUACACUGUGGUUUCUGGAAUUAUAAAACACUUUUAGGGUUUUAAUCUAAUUCUUGCAUUAAGAUGGUGAAGACCUUUUCACAACUGGGGAAGCCCAAAACAAAUGGUCACAAGUAUAAGGUAGUAGCUAAUAAAUCCAGUUUCGGGAAAUGUUCUUUACCCACAAAAUAUUUAGAAUUUGAAACUUGAAAACCUGCUGAAUAAUUGAGAUGAAUAAUAUUAAUGCUUUUAAGUUGAAGCUAACUAAGUACACGAGGAAGGGAGAAAUUGAAGAAUGUGUUGAGCAUAAACAGCACAGCUCAAUUGCACCAAUUGGUAAGAAAGAAUUUAAAUAAAAUGAAAAUAAAACUACUGUAAAAAGAAAGAGGACAAGUGACUUAUCCGGCACAAAUUUACAUCUUUGUAACGUUUGAUGUAGACUUGUGCUUUCUGCCUUAUUUUAACUGUUCCACAUGUUUAAGUGUUCUGUACCAUCAUGCUGGAAACAAAUAAAAACAGUUUGGGGGAAGCACAAGUACUUUCAGAAGGAAAUAACCCUGGAUUUGUUGCUACUACAAAUAACGUAAUAUUUUAUUCCACUUGGUACUUGAUUUCAAAGGAAAUUAUAUAUUUUGGUUGAAUACUGAAGCCUAAGGCUAUUGGAGGACUGUAUUGUUAAGCAUAAUGUGAAUUUGCUGAAAUGCUAACCAAAGAGUUGGUGCAAUGCACACAUCUUGCUAAUGAAGUUUCAGUUACUGUGAGUCUUGAUUCUGUUACAAAUUCUCUAUUUCCUGUAUGUGUUUAGAAUUGUAUACGUUGAACUUUUUAUUUGUUAUUUAGAUGCAACUACUCAGAGGCUUCAGUGGCAACAUGUUUGAAAUUAUACAUAUUUCUAGCAGUAGAGUUUUAUGUAAACAAUUUAAAAUCUAAUCAAGCUGUAUUGAAUUAUAAUUUGACAAUAUUGUCUUUUGGUGCUUGUUGGUAUGAUGCAGUAUCAACUUUAAAAGGUAUUUUUUAAAGUACAAGCUGUAAAGCUUAUAGGAAGUAAAAUGCAUUCAUGACAUUCUUUCUAAAAUAUCAGAGGUCACUAAAACCUAUGAUCAAACUGGCACUUUCAGAAAACAUUAGUUUGGUAUCAUUAAUACAUUUUAUAAUGUGAGUCAACAAGAUGAACUUUAUUAGUAUAAAGACUUGUAGAAUAAAAUUAAUCUUAUUCUGAGUACAGUACAUACAAGUUAUUUGAACUUCAUUUUUGUUUUUAUUUGUCUAAUACAGUCGGCACAACAUCGUGGGCUGAAGGGCCUGUUCUGUGCUGUACUGUUCUAUGUUCUAUUAUUUCAACACACUUGUCAGAGCAUGCUUUUUAAAGUAAUUUUAUACCUUCCAUCCCUGAGCAUUCUUUGUACUUUUGAUGCUAUUUACAUGUUCUUUAUUAUAAAUAUAUUUCUACAGUAACCUAAGCCUGAUAUGUCACUGUCCAUUUCUUAGAAACAGAAAUAAGUACAUAACGAACAUCAGGAAUAAGAAAUGUUCAUGUCAAAUUGAAGGUACAGUUAUAGCAGCUAGAAGCAUUUUGAAUGUGUCUGAAGUGUUUUGUCUGCUGUCUUAUCUGGCAAUUUAUUCUAAGUGUUUACCUUUUCAAUAAGAUCUUCAUAAUAGUUUUGAGCUUCCAACAAAUUUUAAAUGUAUUUCGACUGGUGCAAUUUUCCUGACAUUAUAUGAAAUAUUCUGGAUUAUAUGUAUGUAACUCAUUCAGAUGUUUUAUAUAGGUUCCCCCAUCCCAACAAACUUUUAUUUAGUUCAAUCUAGAAAGUUGUACUUCUAAUUCCUAAACAUAACUCAUUUUUCUUGCAGUUGGAGGAGUUUUGCUGUAACCUGCACCUUCGCUAAUGCAUGAAGCAAUUUUAGUGAUGCCCCAAAUUGAAGAUGGUGUAUAUUGUAUAUUGUUUGUACAGCAUUGUUCAGCCUUGAGCCAGGGUCAUGGUCUAAGGAUAUGGGGUAGGCCAUUUAGGAGUGAGAAGAGGAGAGAUUUUUUUCAUUGAGUGAUGCAUUCUCUGCCACAGAAAACAGUUGAAAUCAAACCACUGAAUUGUUUGCAAGAAAGAGGUUGAUAUUCUUAAUGCUAUCAAAGGGCGUGGGCUGAAAGUGGGAACGAGGUACUGAGUAGGAUGGUCAGCCAUGAUUAUAGGGAAUGGCGGACCAGAAUCAAAAGGGCGUAUGGCCUAUUCCCGUUCCUGUUUCUAUGUUUCUGUCUUGUUUCUUAACGUAACCCCCAGAAGGAUUAUUUCAUUGUUCUUAAUAUUAGUUCAAAUACUGUAGUGGGGAGACCAAGGGAAAGAAGUAAUUAGCAUUGGAGGAUGCUCACGUGAGGUGUGGAUCAGCUAGGAUGAAUUCAGAGAUAGUAGGAACUGCAGGUGCUAGAGAAUCUGAGAUAACCAGGUGUAGAGCUGGAUGAACACAACAGGCCGAGCAGGAAUGUUGACGUUUCAGGCCUAGACCCUUCUUCAGAAAGCUAGGAUGAAUCGUCUGUUUCUGUGUUGUAGAUUGUAUAUAUUCAGUUUGUUAUUUUUUAAAAAGUGGUUUCUUAAUAUUUUGUAUGUAAUUACUGAUCGAAAGCAGCAAAUGCUAAAGGGGACGGGGAACUGUGUAGUUAAGUUGUGUUUGUUUGCAGAGAAAUCAGAGAAACAUUAACACUGAUUUCUGCCCGCAGAUGCUGCCAGACCUGCUGAGCUUUUCCUGGAAUUCCUGUUUUUGUUUAAUUUCCAGCAUCCACAAUUCUUUCGAAUUUUUUCGUGUGUGUGUUUAUGUAGAAACCAUCAACAAGGAGCCAUGUGUUGAAUAGUAAUUAACUGAAACCUUCUGUUAUGUUUGUAUGGUCCUUUUUUUAAAAGUAGAACUGUUUUUAGUGAAGUAAGAACAAUGCCUUAAAAUAACAAUUUGAUUAUGUAUUGUUAAGAUACCAUUUUGAAUUAAAAUUAUAAUAGAAUUACAAUCAAGUUGUUCAUGUUGUAAGUAGAUAACCAUUUAGCAGCCUGUCUGCUUGAUCUCAUCCAUUGAAUGGACUUGGUUUGGCAAAUCGAACAGUGGAGAGGGAGAAAAGAAAUUAAAAUCAGAAAUGAAGAAGAGAUGUGCGUUCCUUUUAAAAAAGAAAAGGUUACUUAAAAACCUUAAUUGAAAUUUCAGUGUAGCAUUUAAAGUCCUUUUUGGAAAAGGCAGUACGUGUGAAUUUAACUACGCAUGCUUUUAUGUAGCAUUCAAGAAGUAGAUAUACCAGCUUCAUUUUUCAGGCUCUAAUGAACCAUGGUGCAAGAAACCACUCGCACAACUUUCAUUUUAGUACUUCAUUUUAUCUAAGAAGAUUUUCAAAAUGACAUCUAUUAUGACAUAGUUCAAGCCUCUGUGCUUGAAAUAAUGAUAAUUAAGACAAAUUGGAUGCAGUGAAAUUUUUGUUUUCAACAUGAAAAUGAUUUUGACUUAGUAUUUGUAACAUGUGGCUUUCCUGAUUUUAAAAUCU